ACAAACCAUUACGACUAUUGGUCCUGAGUUCUGGACUAAAUGGGUUAGGGAUUCCUUAUGUAAAUGAUUAACAGCAUUCACAGUUUGAGUCAGUGAAAGAUCUUGGUGUACCAGCCAAAUUAACACAGUCUGUAGACGAGCAGUAGUUCAGGCAUCAUGUUGGACUCCUUAAUUUUUGUUGGGUUUUGCAUCUUCCUCUUUUUCUUCCUAAUCAGGAUCCAAAAGCCAAAGAACUUCCCCCCUGGGCCACGACCCUUACCCAUAGUUGGCAACCUUCUUCAUUUUAACAUCAACAAUCCUUUAAAAGACUUUGAAUUGUUGGCUGAGCGUUAUGGGAAUGUUUAUAGCCUCUAUUUUGGGAGAAGCCCAGUUGUUGUACUUAACGGUUUGAAAGCUAUAAAAGAAGCUCUGGUGACCAAAUCUGCAGAUUUUUCUGGACGCCCACAAAAUUUGCUAAUCAGCCAUAUGCUGGAAGGAAAAGGAGUCGUACUAUCUGAUUAUGGUCCUGCAUGGAAGGAGCAUCGACGCUUUGCUAUCAUGACCUUGAGGAACUUUGGUAUGGGAAAACAGUCCAUGGAGAACAGGAUUCUGGGAGAAAUUGAACAUCUUGUUGCAAAACUUGAGAAGCAUGCGGGAAGUGUCUUAAAUCCUCAGACUUUGUUCCAUGAUGCAGCAUCAAAUAUCAUCUACCUGAUGUUGUCUGGCACUCGAUAUGAAUACGGUGAAGAAACUCUUAAUAAAUCUGUUAAAUGGAUUUCUGAAAUUACCAAGAUUAUUAAUGGACCUUGGUCAAUGAUCUAUGAUACGCUUCCAUGGAUAAGAUCUCUGCCUCUUCCUUUUAUGAAAUUGUUCAAAAACAAGCAUUUACUUAAAGAAAUGACAAUGAACAUGAUCAAUAACCACAAGACGACAAGAGUCAGAGGAGAGCCGAGAGACUUUGUCGACUGCUAUCUGGAUGAGCUAGAUAUGGGAAAAACAGGAUCCACAUUUAAUGAAGACGAAUUGGUAAUGUACAUUUUAAAUCUGCGUAUGGCUGGAACUGAUACCACGUCCAACACCCUCCUUACAGCUUUCCUCUACCUCGUGGCUUAUCCAGACAUUCAGGAGAGAUGUUAGCAGGAGAUUGAUGGGGUUCUACAGGGAAAAUCUCACGUGUCUUUUGAGGACAGACACAACAUGCCGUACACACAGGCUGUAAUCCAUGAGUGUCAGCGCAUCGGCAACAUCACCCCUCUGAGUGUGUUCCACUUGACCACAAGAGAUACUGAACUGAUGGGCUACAGCAUCCCAAAGGGAACUAUUAUCAUCCCAAACCUCUCGUCAGUGCUGAGUGAAGAAGACCAAUGGAAGUUUCCUAAUGAGUUCAACCCAUCAAACUUUCUCAAUGGAAAAGGACAGUUUGAGAAGCCUGAGGCGUUUAUACCAUUUUCUGUUGGGCCUCGUUUAUGUCUGGGUGAAGGUUUGACUCGUAUGGAGCUCUUUCUCAUCUUUGUCUCCCUGCUGCACCGCUUUCAGUUUAUUUGGCCUGAAGAUGCAGGAGAGCCAGAUUUCACCCCUGUAUUUGGAAUCACACUUACACCCAAACCAUACAAGAUGGGAAUUAGGCUGAGACAGACAGCUAGAGAAAUCUAGAAAAUGUCAGGAGAUAUAAUAUAUACUGACAGAUACUUCAUGAAAAAUGAAAUUGUAUUAUAUCACAACAACUGAACAACUGAUGCAGUAAUAGGCCCACAAGAAGAAGAAUGCUAAGGAUGCGAAAGGAACUGGGUGGAAUGUUGUUUUGGACAUUUGGAAUAAAGAAUAAAGCCUGUCCAUCUAACCCUUAUCUGUAUUCAGGUUCUGUUGUUGGUUUUAAGUGGUUGUUUGCAAUACUUGCCUUGGGAACAUUGGGAAAUAUUAUAUAUAUUAUAUAAAUAGAUUCAUCUAUACUGUUGAAAGAGUAUUUAUAUAACUGACAAACCCAUCUUAUGUUGGAAAUAUCACAAAGUAUGCACAGCCUUAUGCAAAUGUUUAGGCACUUUUAGGAUUUUUUUUAAAAUGCCCUAGUAAAAAAAAAAAGGAUGCUAAGUAUACUAAAUCCUAGCAUGCCAAAGCAUACUUAAAUGUACUUGCAGCCAGACUAUGGAUUAGUAUACUUGAAGUUUGCUGUUUUGGAACAACUAAUUUUGUACUAAGUGUAUUUAAGUUGUAAUUAAAUUGUACAAAAGCACAAUUUUAAGUGUAUUAAGUAUACUUUUGUGUGCUAAAGUGGAACUUAGCACACAAAAGUAUACUUAGUACACUUAAAGUAUGUGGCUGUGUGUGUACUAACGUACAUACCUGACAGUAAUUAAUAAAAUGCAAUCAUAUAUUUAAUGUAUUAUAAGUACAUUACAGCUAUUUUUACUGUAUUACAAAUAAACUAUUAAUAUACUAUAAGUAUAUUCUUAUUGCAGCAGUGGCAUGCUGUUAUAAUAUAUAUGCAAAUGAUGCAAAUUGGAUGUAAGUGUCAUAAACAUUAAAUGUUU